UCUGUCUCAAUACAUACAGCUCAACCCCUCCACCUUGUUCCUGGCAAGAUACUGCCCUUCAUAUGGCAUCCACACACACACCCUCACACACACGGUGUCUCUCUCACACACACACACACCCAUCAUCACACAGACCCUGCUCUCUCUCUCUUUCUCAAAGAGAUGAGAUCUGGUCCUGGGAGGUUCAUCCCAAAGCUAAAGUUACGAUGGAUCAAAAAAUUAAGUCCCCUGCUUUUGGUUCUACUUGUCGUCACCUGCCUCUUCGUGAGCUUGUCCAGGAUUCCUCCUGGUGGCAGAAACAGGCCAGCAAACAUCACUAUUCUGCUGUGGUACUGGCCUUUCCGCACUCCAUACAGCUUAGCGGGGGACCCAUGUUGGGAAAUGUAUGGUAUCCCAGGCUGCCACCUAGCGGAUAAUCGCUCGCUCUAUUCCACCGCUGAUAUUGUGGUCUUCCAUCACCAUGAUUUGAAGGCCAAACGGCAGAAGCUGCCGCUUCAUCUCCCUCGCUCAGGCGCUCAGCGGUGGCUCUGGCUGUCUCUGGAGGCCCCAACAAACAAUGGUAACUUGGAUCCAUACGCAGGCAUCUUCAACUUGACCAUGUCAUAUCGGCCAGACGCAGACAUCACAGUGCCGUACGGGAAGCUGAUGCGAAGUGAGGCAGAGCCUGGCAUCUUCACCGUGCCAAGGAAUAAGACCCACCUGGCCUGCUGGGUGGUCAGUAACUUCAAGAAACGGCACAAAAGGACCGCAGUGUACCAGCGUCUGAAAAACACCAUCCCUGUGCAGGUUUACGGCAAUGCAGUGAAAAGGCCACUGGACAAGAAUGCUCUGCUACCCACAAUUUCCCGCUGCUAUUUCUAUCUGGCCUUUGAGAACACAGAGUCUCCGCACUAUGUCACUGAAAAACUGUGGAGAAAUUCCUUCCAGGCUGGCGCAGUGCCAGUGGUUAUGGGGCCUCCGCGUACACACUAUGAGAUGGUGGCACCACACCAUUCCUUCAUCCACGUGGAUGACUUUGAGUCCCCAGAAGCACUCGGCAGAUUCCUUACAGACUUAGCUAAAGAUGAAAAGCGAUAUCAGUCCUACUUCGCCUGGCAUCGCAACAGCACUGUUAAACUGUUUUCUGACUGGAGAGAAAGGCUCUGCAACAUCUGCCCAGUCUAUAACACACUUCCAUACAAGAUAUACCAUAACCUGACUGCAUGGGCACGUGGCUGACCUGACCUGCAAGGUUUUUACUAUGUGUAAUUCUGAGGUGCCAACAGUCAUGGGAUAUCAGUAGGUAAACGUAUAAUGAAGUGUUGCCUCAGAGGAUGGUAUGGGUUAUCUUGUGGAAAGAUGACAUGAAUUAUCGACUUGGUGUCAGAUUCCUGGGAUUUUCCAUUUCCAAAGUUGUAGGAAGGAAUUCACAUUCCUCGAUCUACAGUAUGAUUCACAUGUGUUCCAGGAGUAUGUCAGAAAAGGCAGUAUUACCAACCAGAGUGUUCAAAAGCAAAUGUGAACCAAGAGGAACAAGUUAAAUAAGUUUACACAGUAAGAAAAUACUGGUUAAAUUCAAUUUGUUCACUAUUGAGAGUGUUAUCUAAUCAUCAAUCACAGUAUUGUAAAAAAAUACAGAUACCCAGACACUAAUAAAUUACAGGAUAUUUUCAACAAGGCUACAAAGAUAAUUGGACCACCUCUUUCUUCAUUUGAAUCUACUUAAAUUCAGCACAUCCUUAAGCAAGCAAAUAGAAUAAUUAAAGAUCCUAACAUCCAGCGCAUCAUCUUUUUUAGCUUACUUUAUUAGGGAAGCUGAAGGAAUUAAUCUUUGGAUUAUUGUAAACACAUACUACUCACUUCAAGAAGAGUUUUCCCCCUCUAAGAUUACUAAAUUCUUCUGAGUGAUGUAUAUCACUGUUGUCCAUAUAACCCUUCAACUAUGCUCAGAUGAAAUCCUCCUUUUAAGAAUUUCUUGUACUAAAUGUUUUGUAAAUAAAUGUACUGUAUUGAAUAAUGUUGACCGUAAACAGCUCUGGAAAAAAUUACGAGACCACUUCAGUUUCUGAAUCAGUUUAUCUGUUUUCGCUAAUUAUAGGAAUAUGUUUGAUUAAAAUGAACAUUGUUGUUUUAUUCUAUAAACUAUAGAUCUUUUUUUUAUUUCAAAUGCAAAUAUUGUCAUUUAGAGCAUUUAUUUGAAGAAAAUGAGAAAUGACUGAAAUAACAA